CUGAAAGAAAUCAGAAAGAUCGCAAGGGAGAGAUAUCCGUGCCCGGGAGAUAUAGACGACUUCGAAACGGAGUCGCGUCCGGAAGUCCAAAUCUCGAAAUCUAUAUCUAAAAUAACGAUAACACGAUAUAAUUUUAAGGCACUCGCGAUCCCGUGUACGACGACAGGGAGGAUCGGGGUGAGUUUACAGUAACUCAAACGUCCGAAGGAAGAAAGAUAUAGAGUUAAAUAUUUGAAGAAAUAUAUAUAUAUAUACAUGUAUGUAGCGUUUUUUUUUUUUGAGAAAAGUACAGAUCCUUAAAAUUAAUCAUAAUCAGCGAAACCUGGAGAUAUCCGAUGAUAUAACGCUACGAGAAAGAAAUAUUCCGGAGGCACGAAAAAACGAUUCGCCCAAAGCGGCGUUAAACGCGCAAGAAUCUGCAUAAGAGCGAUGACCGUCGCUUAACGUCUUCAAACUUGCGAAACUUCCUCGUAAACAUGAAUCUCGAGGUGGAAUUGAUCGCGGGGGUUAUCAAAGGCAGCCCACCCCCUCAUCUGCCGGCGCCGAGGCUCAUCAAGAUAUUCAUCGCCGGCGAGAGGGAUGACUUCCCGGAGGAGCGCAAACAGCUGCUGGAGAUGGUCGGCCCGGAGCUGCAAUCAAUCUACGACGAUAUGGGAAUCGAGGUGCUUCUGGUGGACAUGCAGUACGGCACCAGCGAGGAUCCGGAUGCCGAUCCGCGGCUGGCGGAGUACUUUCUGGAAGAGAUAAGCGCGUCCCACCGGCAUUCCAGGGGAUGCUUUCUUCUGCUGUUGACGGGAACAAAUUAUACCGUAGGGUGGGUACCGACGGAAUUGAAAGAGGCUACCUACCAAACGCUUCUCGCGCACUGCGCCCUCCUUAAAGAUCAUUACGAGCACAACGGGCACUCUUAUGUUUUAAAUGCAAAUAGCGUGGAGACCGCACAGCGGGAAUGGCAAAGGGAACGGGAACCGAAGUUGCGUCAGGCGCUGAGGACCGCCGCGGAACGGGCGGUCGCGGAGCAACCGGACGACCUGGAAUUGAGAUACAUCCUGAAGAGCACGGCUGAACGACAACUCGAACACGGCCUAAAUCUAGAUCAGCAGGGCUUAGGAAUAAUGGCCGUGAUUCGCGAGUGGACGGGCGACGACGCGCAAAGAUCUACGGCCGCCGCCGAGGAGCUGAAGAAUCGCAUCCAGACUACUCUGCCCCACGAAAACGUCGUGCAUUUGCACGUGGAAUAUCGUGACGGCGGCAUCGACGCCGACUGCGACGCUCACGACGAAUAUCUCGGAAAAUUUCGGGAAUUGAUACUGGACAGACUGCAGCAGCUGGUGAACGCUUCCGUCGAGCUUGAUCCGGAGAUCAAAAGCCGCAAGAAAAUGGUACAGGAAGUCUACGCUGAGAGUUUGGCGCAUCUCGCCAUUCUUCGCGAAAUGCCAUUGGCCGACAAAGACGACGAGACCGUGGAGCGAGUUAAACAACUUAUCCUUGCAGGCAAGGAACGUAAGCACGGACCGAUUCUAAUCUACGGGCCCAAAUCCUCCGGGAAGUCCUCUAUUCUCGCGCGCGUCUAUCGAGAUUCGCCCGACUGGCUCGCGGCACCAACCCUUCGUAUCGUCCGACUGUGCACCUCGACACCCCGAUCCGCCUAUAGUCUGGAACUCCUUCGCAUCCUCUGUCAGCACGUCGGCUUCCUUUGCGGAGACAACGACGGCAAUCUGCCGCGCGACGCCUCCUUCGAUCCGCUCUACCUCAACAAUUGGUUCGGUCUCAUUAUGCGCCGCUUAGAGGAGCAUCCCCUUUCGGAUCAGUUGAUUAUACUUCUCGACGACCUUCAUCGCUUCCAUCCCCUCGAAUGCGACAUCGUCGCCGCCCUGUCCUGGCUGCCGCUCAACCUUCCCGCGGGCGUUCACUUCGUCAUCGCCUCCUCGCUUCCGCCCGAGGGAAUGCGCCUCACGCCACUUCAGAAGGACCGUCUACGUAGCCCCGACAUUCUCAUCGAUCUUUCCGGGCACGUGUGCGUGACGCCAGGCGUCGACGCGGUCCUGGAGCACUUGGAGGACCUCGUCGGGCUCGGCGCGGCUAAUCGGGUCGCCUCGAUUCUCGCUUGCACCGAGUACGGCUUGUCGGAGACAGAGAUACUUGAAUUGAUUAUGCCCACGGGAGGAGAGGAACCUUUGCUCUUGGAGGAGAAUCAAUUUAACUUUGCGACUUGGUGCUUAGUCAGAAGGACGUUUGCAUCGUGGCUCAAAAUACGAGUGAUGAGCGGCCGACUGAUGUUCUCCUGGCGUGGCCAAUUUCGCGAAGUCGUGCUCAGAAAAUAUCUCGCUAAUCAAGACGUUUCUCGCGGCUAUCACGCGGAGUUGGCCGGUCUCUUUUUCUCCGAGGAGACUGACGAUAGUACCGAUAAGUCGCCGGAAAAUCCGACGGAAUCUUCGGUCCCCGUUAAGGAAACGCCGUUUCAAAGCGCGCCGCAAACGCAAGAUAUCACGUAUACACUUCGACACGUCGAAGAAGCAUGGCUGCAUCUCCUGCGCGCUUCCGACGUCGACAAGCUGAAGAAAUUCGCCGUCUGCUCGUUUGACUUCCUUCUCGCGGGUGUCCAGAUGAUCUCCGUAAGCUACUUACGAUGCGUCCUAGAGCACGCCAGGCGAUAUCUUCUCGAGCGCGACCUGGAGCUCGUGUAUUACGCCGUGAGAAAAUCCAGCGACGUCCUUACCAGAGAUCCGCUUCAACUCGCGGCGCAGCUCAUCUGCUGGUUAAGGCCGGUUGCCGAAGACGGCGGAGAUCUUGUGAGUAAAAUGGUUACGUCGGCUAUGGCUUGGUGCGAUGGUUACACCGCGCCUUUGCUGGUGCCCUUGAACGGAUGGCUACAACCACCUCUGCCAUUGCAAAUCCGAGCGCUUACGUGUCCUCAGGGUGUUAAAUUGAUCGAAGCGGCACCGUCCGGUCAGCACGUCGUCGUCGUGCCACCGCAGGGAGACGCUCAGUUAUGGCACGUAAUGUCCGGUCAGCUCGUUCAUACGUUCAAAGGACACACCAGUUCGAUUACGUGUUUAGCUGUCACCCAUCAAUCGCAGUAUCUGCUGACUGGCUCCGAGGAUACGUCCAUUAUCGUCUGGGACAUGAAGGAUCUAGUAAUGAAACGUCGAAUUUGCGAGCACAUCGCGCCGAUCCUCACUUUAAUCCCGGCACUCAACAACUCUGUUAUCGUGAGCGGCGGUGAGGACUCCAGAAUUAUCGCUACCAGCUUGCUCACUGGCGAAGUCCUGAUGAAAGUCGAUCAUCAUCGAGGUCCCGUCACCACUAUUAAAGUCGAUUCCGCUGGAGAAGUUUUGAUUUCCGGUUCGGCCGACGGCACUGUAUGCCUUUGGUCUCUAGAAAGCUUCAGUCUCCUCAACAGUAUUGCUCUUCCUUCUCCGGUGUCCAUGCUAGAUGUAUCUGCAGAUUCAGUUUUUCUUCUAGUCGCUUGCGAAGAUGAGAAGCUUUACCUGAGAUCUUUGGCAACGGGAACGGAGAUUCACACGCUUAGGGGACAUCAGGGACCAGUUAAAAGUCUUUGCCUGGCGAAAGAUUGUAGAAGAGCUAUCACUGGCAGUGUCGAAGGCAGAGUAUCGGUAUUUGAUAUGCAUAGUGGAAAGUUGAUCAAGCUUUUGCCCGCUAAUCCAUCGACAAGCGUCACUUCGGUCAAGGUAACCGAGAAGGAUGAUUUUUUGAUAACUGGCGGAGGAUGUCGCGUGACCUAUUGGAGUUUCCGCAGUGAAGAACCACCACCGAAACCACAGAAACCCGGGAAACAGACUUCUUUGCAACCCCAUACCGCUCCGAUAUCUUGCUUGGACAUCUCUAGGGAUGGCGCCAUGGCAGUCACUGGUGGUGUCGAUUCUUUAGUCAAUUUAUGGCAACUCAACACUCAUGAAUUGUUAUCUACUCUGGAAGGGCACUUUGCCAGUAUCACUUGUGUCGCAUUUUCCGCAUCAGGACUUUUUGUCGCAUCUGGAUCCGAGGACAAAACGGUACGUGUGUGGGGUUUGACUCUGGGACUUGUCGUAUCUACAUUUAGGCAUCAGGCUCCAGUAACUGCUGUUAUUGCUAUGUUGGAUGGAAGAAGAGUGGUCAGUUCAGACCGAGCUGGCACUAUCAGAGUUUGGGCAGCGGAAAGUGGCACGCUGAUUCAAUCUGUUUGCGGACCCGGACGAUGUUUUGCUGUUGCGUCCGACAUGAGAUACGCGGUAUGCGGAUCUGGUGAUAACCAGGUGCGCAUAAUCAGUCUGGGCGUCGGUCCUGAAGAGAAGCAUCAGGUAUCACACUCGCAGGAUAUCACGUGCCUAGUAUCAACGCCUGAUUCUCAGUACCUGAUCACCGGGUCCCGCGAUAUGAGUCUGAAGGUGUGGCAGUUGGUCGGCGGCAAACUGUCCCAGGCGUUGGUCGGCCACACCGACCAUGUAACUUGCGUGGCAGUCGCGGUGCUUGACAAAUCCAUAGUGGUAUCCGGCUCCCGAGAUGCCAAUCUGAUUGUUUGGGAUAUCAACACCGGUGCUGAUUUGCAUACUCUCGUGGGUCAUCUGGGUUACGUGACUUGCGUACGUCUCUCCGGCGAUGGCACCCUGGCCGUUUCCGGAAGUGAAGACAAAAGCCUCAUCGUCUGGGAUACCAAAAAAGGCACUUCGCUCAGUACCAUCAUGCUACACGUACCAAUUUUAGGAGUCGAAAUAUCUACCGAUUGUUCAAGGAUGGCGGUACAUUUAUUGGAGCAUAGAUGCAUGCCUAUUCUGUGUCUGCACAAUACUCCCGCGCAAUACGUCAAAUUGCCAUCAUACGUGGCGCCGCGGGAUCUGAGACCACCGGGACCGAAGCGACCUGCCAAGAGGUUGCUGAAGAAAGAGGUGUCUUUAGAUACUUACACCUGGCAGCGAAAAUAUGGACAUCUUACAUCAGGUAUUAUAUCAUCGAGUAUUGAAGAACGAAUGAAACGUCGUUUUAGCGUGAGUGCAUCAAUGGAAGAGAUUAGUCAGGCAGGUUUAGCCGGUUCUCAACCUGGCCUAGGUCCUGAACAGGCCGCUUUAGCACAAUCUCAACAUUUCGAUCAAUUGGAGGCACUUUGGAACAAGCAAUCACCGCCGCCAAGACCACGUGGCCUAGUUCGGACAUUAACGAAGCAGAGCUCGCUUCAGGCUACUCGAAUAUCGGACUCUGAAGAGGAAGAUGGACCGGAUUAAAUGGCGGAAUACUUUCGAUCGACAACCUUCGAUUGAUUGUCGAAUAUAUUUAAGCUACAAAAUAUCCUUCCAUGUCAUUUGAUGCAAUAAAUAAAGAGAUAUCAAAGGUAA